AUGCAGCUCUGCUGGACCUUCGAGAGCGAUCAACGUCCAUCGUUCGUGGAUGUACUGAGCAUGUUUGAGAAACUUCGCGACAAAGUCGAGUUUCAGGACGACAAGCCAUAUCCACCUAGUGGAGGCCAUUACAAUGGGGUUUUCGAUUUAUCGCAGGACAGCACAUCUAGCGAGAAAAUGGACGCUGACAGAGGCAUUUAUAACCAAGGGUUCAACGAAGUUGAGCGACUAUCGGAGCAAAUUCGCUUUGAGAAAUCUGGUAAUGGCAGUAGUGCAGUUCGUAAACAUAGCGGUCCACUAUCGAUGCGUUCAAUGAGGAAAGAAAGCAAAACAAAAACAACACCUUUCCCUCUACCGACUGAGGCGGACCAUCGCUUUCAAUUAAGUGGAGCUAGCGGAAAUCGAGCUGAAAGUUCCAUCUCUAAUGACACAUUAACGACAUCUUGUGAAUAUGGUUCGUCGUACCAGUUACCGUCGUUCGCGUCUUCAGCUCGAUCGCCUUUCCUGCCGUCGAAUCUCUCUUCAUACGAGACCCCAAAUAAAAAGUCAUCCUUCGUUUCAGAUAGUGAUAGGGCAGAAGAUAUGCCGCACAGUCGCAGUUGGGCGGGUCCAUCACAUAAUCGCCAUCGAGUUAUGCAGCCUUCUUCUUCAGGAUACACAUUUGCACUGCGACAGGGUCCCAAUGAUCCAAGCUCAUCCCAAGUAUAUCCGCGAAAAAGUCGAACUGCUGUCGUCACUCCUUCAUCAUCGUAUGACAAUCAGCGAAGGAGUAGAGUCAGUCAAGUGUGA